CCCUUCCCUCGCAGCUCAGAUAACCUCAGUACGAGUUCCCCUCCAACUGCCUCGGGUCCGCCCCUCAUUCCCCGGCGAGAUGGUUCGUGCGCAGUUGCCUUCUCUGCUGCUCUUCUGUUUUUACGGCUUCAGCCAUGGGGAAUACACGCCCAACUGGGCUUCCCUCGACAGCCGGCCGCUCCCAGGCUGGUACGACGGCGCCAAGGUGGGCAUCUUCAUCCACUGGGGCGUCUUCUCGGUGCCCUCCUUCGGUUCCGAGUGGUUCUGGAGUCACUGGCAAGGUGCUCAUUCACCGAAAUACGUAGAGUUCAUGGAGAAGAACUACCGGCCGGGCUUCACGUACGCGGACUUCGCGCCGGCGUUUACGGCUGAGUUCUUCGAUCCCGACGAGUGGGCGAAUGUGUUCAACGCCUCGGGCGCUCGCUACAUCGUCCUCACCAGCAAGCACCACGAGGGCUUCACCCUGUGGCCCUCGCGCUACUCCUGGAACUGGAACAGCCUCGACGUCGGACCCAAGAGGGACCUCGUAGGUGACCUGGCUCACGCCCUUCGAUCCAAGACCCCGAACAUCCACUUCGGCCUCUACCACUCCCUGUACGAAUGGUUCCACCCUCUCUACAUCCAGGACAAAGAGAACAACUUCACGACAAAUAACUUCGUUGCGACCAAGACUAUGCCGGAGCUUCAUGAACUGGUGAACACCUACGAGCCCGAAGUGAUCUGGUCGGACGGCGACUGGGAGGCGUAUGACACGUACUGGAACUCGACUGGGUUCCUGGCCUGGCUCUUCAAUGACUCCCCUGUCAAGGACACGGUGGUCGUUAAUGACCGGUGGGGGAGGGGCAUCCCCUGCCACCACGGGUCAUACUACACCUGCACGGAUCACUAUAAUCCAGGUGUGUUGCAGCCGCACAAGUGGGAGAAUUGCAUGACGCUGGACAGGCACUCGUGGGGAUACCGUCGCAACGCUCCUGCAACAGACUACAUCACAAUCCACAGUCUCAUCACGGAACUCGCCCAGACCAUCAGCUGCGGAGGUAACCUGCUGGUGAACAUCGGCCCCACGCACGAGGGGCGUCUCCCCGCCAUCAUGGAGGAGCGCCUUCGUCAACUCGGCUCGUGGCUCGACAUCAACGGAGAGGCCGUGUACGACUCCAUGCCGUGGAAGCACCAGAACGACACGGUGGCUCCUGGGGUAUGGUUUACGUCGAAGGGCGACCUUGUGUAUGGCAUCGCACUCUCUUGGCCCAAAGAUAGCCUUAUGACUCUCGGUUCGGUCUUA